CAUAGAUCCGGAGCAGAGGAGCGGACUAUGGCAGCCGCUGCGGAGCGGCCCUCCUCUAACUACCUGUUCACCGUUAACGACACCAGACCAGGACCUAACUAACUUAACUAACCAGCAGUGUGGCCCACCCAGACCCGCUGCUCUGCCCCCCCGGUCCCCGGCUCUACCUCUGAGGGCUGAGGUUCAUCCCUCCACCCCUCUGCUCCCUCCACAGACUCACAGCCAGGGCAUCAUGGUGGAUGUAACCAAAUGGCCCCUCUUCAGCCUGAUGGGGCCUCAGGAGCUCUCCACCAUCCUGAAGGCCUGCGUGUUUGGAACGUCUGCAAACGAGGCCAUCUACAUCACCAGUGAUGAUGAGGUCUAUGUGUUUGGGUUGAAUUGCAGUAACUGCCUGGGCACAGGGGACAGCCAGAGCACCGUUGUCCCCAAGAAGCUGGACUUCCUGAGUGGGAGGAAGGUGGUCAGCCUGAGCUACGGCAGCGGACCCCACGUCCUGCUGGCCACAGAGGACGGAGAACUGUUUGCCUGGGGACAUAAUGGAUACAGCCAACUGGGAAAUGGGACAACCAACCAAGGAGUCGCCCCAGUAAUCGUGUCCGCCAACCUGCUCAAUAAGAAGGUCACAGAAGUGGCCUGUGGCUCUCACCACUCAAUGGCUCUGACUGACUCAGGAGAAGUGUACGCGUGGGGCUACAACAACUGUGGUCAGGUGGGCUCAGGCUCCACAGCGAACCAGCCCACCCCCCGCAGAGUCUCCAGCUGCCUGCAGAACAAGGUGGCUGUCAGUAUCGUCUGUGGUCAGACCUCGUCUCUGGCAGUGGUGGACAACGGAGAGGUGUACGGUUGGGGCUAUAACGGGAACGGUCAACUGGGACUGGGAAACAACGGGAACCAGCUCACCCCCUGUCGACUUAUGGCUUUGCAGGGUUUAUGUGUGCAACAGAUUGUCUCAGGCUACGCCCACUCCCUGGCACUGACCGAUGAGGGGCUGCUGUAUGCGUGGGGCGCCAACACAUACGGACAACUGGGCACCGGCAACAAGAGCAACCAGCUGAGCCCAGUUCAGAUCAUGACCGAGAAAGAGAGAAUCGUAGAGGUCGCUGCCUGUCACUCCACGCACACGUCUGCUGCCAAGACGCAGAGUGGUCAGGUGUUCAUGUGGGGCCAGUGCAGGGGCCAGUCGAUAGUGCUGCCCCACCUCACACACUUUACCUGCACUGACGAUGUGUUCGCGUGCUUCGCCACCCCCUCGGUCAUGUGGAAGCUUCUCUCCAUGGAGCAUGAUGACUUCUUGACUGUGGCUCAGUCUCUGAAGAAAGAGUUUGACAACCCAGAGACGGCCGACCUCAAGUUCUGUGUCGAUGGUAAAUACAUCUACGUCCACAAAGCAGUUCUCAAAAUCAGGUGUGAACACUUCAGAUCCAUGUUUCAGUCCCAUUGGAACGAGGACAUGAAGGAGGUGAUUGAAAUCGACCAGUUCUCCUACCCGGUGUACCGCUCCUUCCUGGAGUUCCUCUACACGGACGACGUGGAGUUGUCCCCUGAAGAUGCUAUUGGGCUGCUGGAUCUGGCGACAUCAUAUUGUGAGAACCGCCUGAAACGACUUUGUCAGCACAUCAUCAAGAGAGGGAUCACCGUGGAAAAUGCCUUCUCGCUGCUGUCGGCUGCUGUGCGCUAUGAUGCCGAGGACCUGGAGGAGUUCUGCUUUAAGUUCUGUGUGAAUCACCUGACCGAGGUCACCCAGACUGCUGCUUUCUGGCAGAUCGACGGCAACUUGCUCAAGGAUUUCAUUUGUCGAGCGAGCCGCUGCGGAGCCUUCAAAAACUGACCUCAGCCCGGGGUAACGAUGGCAACAGACGGAGAGGGGGCUGUGGGAUUCUGGGAGUGAAUUCUCAAAGGACGUCAUCCCUUCUGUAACUCUGGCUCCAGAGUGGAGAUCUUUAGAUAAUCACCAUCGCUGUCAAAUCGGUUGUUCCUCUCAUUCCAGACUAGAAGCACUCUCCAUCAUGUGAGCUGCGCCCACUGACUUUAGAGGAUAGAGCUGACAGAGCAGCAUGACAGCAGAGUCCAGAGCCCCAGUGCCUGACUGCCUACACAGUUACACAUGUUGUGUGAAGGAAACACUAUUAUCGCUUGAUCAAGGUGUUACUUUGACUGAUUUUUCUGCCAGUUUGCUACUUUACUAUUUCCAUUUAUCUGUUGAAUUGACCAAGACACUUGUUUAGGGUUUGCACUCAUAUUUUUUUGAUAUGAUUAUGUUUUGCUUUACUUUAAGACCACAUCCUUAGUUUGGAUGCAGCAUCGUGUAUCAUGCUUUUCAGGUUGAGGCUCUUUGCUCUUUUGACAUCUGGACACUGACAUAUCAAAUGACACAUGAGUUUUUCUAGUCUUAAGCACUCAAGGCGCUUUACAGUACAAGUCUCAGUCAUCCAUUUAUUUACACAUUCGUACUGUGCUCCUUCUAUCACAAACUGUGGGAACAGCAGUCAGGGGAAAUUCAGCCUUCAGUAUCUUGCCCAAGGACACUUCAGAAUGCAGUGUAGGACCAGAUAAGCCGGGAAUUGAACCACCGAUCUUCUUGUUUACCUCCUGACUUGCCUCCGCAGCUGCGACACACGACUCUGAUCGUGUGUCUUGGUUGUUAUUUGACCCAAAUAUGGAAACUGGGGUUACAAGUGAGAUUCAGGGCAGUGUGAUUGAUCGAGGGCCUUAACCUACACCCGACACUGAGCCAGUCCCAGGUGUCUGCACCAGUUUCAGACCAACACAGUUGUCAUGUCCAGCACCCAAUCUUUUUUAAUUAAAAAUGCACUUAUGCCCCUGCGAGCACCCACGGGCGUUCUAGUCUUAAAUGCGUCGGUCAGAGGCCACACGAGUGUUGUUUUAAGUCACAUGAUCAGGAUAGUAAACACGCAAAGAAGCAUUUCCUUAUUACCAAUCCGACCCACUUCAUGUGACCCUGGGUUUGAGCCGAAAUUAGAUUGGUUUAUUGCCACGUUACUCAAAAAAACACACCCAUGGUUAAUAAUGUGAUUUAAAUGAAAAACACUUUUAAAUCACGUGAACCAAAGCAAAAGUGGAUUUGGACUCUUCCUAGACGCUCCACACGCUGCAGACCAUGUGCUUCAGUGGUUCAUAUAGAGCUUCCAGUCUUUAACUGUGGAUUCCUCUUUAAAGUGAUGGAUUGCUUAGGUUGGAAAGUAUUAUUUUUGUGCAGCUAUUUAGUUUUUUUUAUAUUGCAACAAAACAAUAAGUGACUCUCAACCUUUUACCAGCUGUAACAAAUGUAUGGAGCCAUUACAAGUCUGUUGAAAGCACAUCUACUGGAUGUUGGAAGCAUUAUUUUACAGUUUUCACAUUGUGUGGGGACAUUUGCAGUUUUGCACUACUGCUGUGGGUGUUUUAAGGAUUUGCUCAAUUCUAUGCAGGAUAUUUCUCAUUUAAAAUCAAUGUUUUAUUGAUUGAUACUGACUUAUGAGGUGCCAGUGACAUUUUGUGACCUGCUAGUAAAUAGAUAACAAGAA